UAUACCGAAGCUUCCUUCCCAUUUCUCAAACCCCUCAAAACCCCCAAUUCUUCUCUCAGCGAUCUCUCUCUCUCUGCAUUCAUCAAUGGCGAAGGGAGGCAAGCUCACCAAAAUCAAGUCCGUCCUGAAGAAGAUGCAGUCCUUCAAGCUCGGCCGCGCCGGCGCCAGCUCGAUCGCCGCCGCAAACACCUCCGACGACGACGAAUCGUACUCAAUCGCCGCCGCCACCGCCGACCUCCACGCCGUCUACGUAGGCAAAUCGAGGCGGCGCUACCUCAUCACCUCCGACGUCCUCGAAAAUCCGCUCCUCCGCGAGCUCGUCGACCGGCGAUCCUCCGGCGACGACAACGACGCGAUGAUCACCGUCGGCUGCGAGGUCGUCCUCUUCGAGCACCUCCUCUGGAUGCUGGAGAAUGCCGAUCCUCAGCCGGAAUCGCUCGAUGAACUCGUCGAAUUCUACGCCAGCUGAAUUCGGCGGCGACGGCGACGGCGAUUAAUAAUGGUAACUGAAAUUGCCGGGGGAGGGGUGGGAUCGGGUGUGGUCGCAGCAACAUACAUGUAUUGGUAUAUAGCUGUAUAUUUUUCCCUUUUUUUAUUUUCGGAAAUUUCCUUUUUUGUCGAGCAGUGUUAAUAAGGAGAUGAUUAGCGGUGUAGAUUAUAUACAUUGAAGAAAGAGAGUGAAAAUUGACGGUGAAGAUUAACCCAUAAUCUCGAAUCAGUGGGAUAUUUGUGCUAAUGUUUUUCAGUAUUUGUAAUUGCUGUUAUUCAUUCCUUUUCCCAAAGUGGAUAUUGAAUUGAUGAAUUUGUAGUUCUA